GAAACAUGGAAGAAAAAACGAAUCUUCAAUAUAAUUUAAUCUAAUGUCUCGCCUUAUCGCUUAGCUAGGUCUUCUAUAGCGAUCGUCAUAGCUUGCUUUCCACCAUUUUCAUAUACUUCUUUUUCUUGCAAAAAAGAAAACUAGACUCUUUUUCAGCCACGUCUCCACCCCCCAGAAACGGAGCUAGCCGCUGCUGCCGGUUCGACCCGCCCCCCAUCGGCCAAUUCCACCCCUUCAUCUUGAUCAGACUUCUUGUCAGUAUGCAAAGGAAAUUCUUUGACGGUCAGAACAUCCCUUAUUCUUGCCUAGUUUUCACCUCCCUAGUUCCAUGCUUCAAUUGCACAUAAAUAUUAUUGAUUCCCAUUUACCUUAACUAAACCAUAUUAUUGCUAUGCUUUAGAACUUAGGGUUUCAUUUUCUUGCAUCAUUUCUAGUUUGGUCUGAUUUGCUUAGGGGUUUCCUGCGUAAAUUAUAGCUGAAACAAUUAGUCGGUAGGUUGUUUGAGUUGGAAAUGGAGGAAUACAUUAACAAUAAUGAAAUGGAUCAUGAGAGUCAAGGCACUCCCAGAGGAAAUUUCCUCUACGCUUCCCCAAAUCUUAGAGGUAACUAUGGUAGAGCGUCUGCCAGUGAUCAUAAUCAGCAGAUCAGCACCUUUCAUCUUCAAUCAAGCGGGGGCGAGUGUUUUCCGUCAACACAGCGAACUGUGAAGACCGAAGCAGCCGGUAGUACUUCCCAGCAUGCUCAUCAGCACCACCACCACAAAUUUCAUCAUCCUCAAUUUCCUUCCCCUUCAUUAGUAUUGUCAAGAGGGCACAACGAUCAGCUUACGGCUCAGCAGCAGCAGAACAUAGAAAACGAUAAUGAAGUGGAGGCCAUCAAAGCUAAGAUUAUCGCCCACCCUCACUACUCUAACCUCUUACAAGCUUACAUGGAUUGCCAAAGGGUGGGAGCUCCGUCUGAAGUUGUGGCUCGUCUCUCAGUUGCGCGCCAAGAGUUUGAAGUACGACAGCGAUCUGCAGUCAGUUCAAGAGAUGCUUCUUCAAAAGACCCAGAACUCGAUCAGUUUAUGGAAGCUUAUUAUGAUAUGCUGGUAAAGUAUCGCGAGGAACUAACAAGGCCCAUACAAGAAGCAAUGGAUUUCAUGAGGAAGAUUGAAACUCAGCUUAACAUGCUUGGCAAUGAUAGCAACAGUACUCCUCUACGCAUCUUCUCGGCCUGUGCACUAGAUAAGUGUGACGGAAAUGUUUCGUCUGAAGAGGAGCAAGACAACAGCGGUGGAGAGACAGAAGUAGCCGAGAUUGAUCCAAGAGCUGAAGACAGGGAGCUUAAGAACCACCUUUUGAGAAAGUAUAGUGGUUACUUGAGUAGCCUCAAGCAAGAACUUUCCAAGAAAAAGAAGAAAGGUAAAUUGCCCAAAGACGCCAGGCAGAAGCUUCUCAGUUGGUGGGAGUUACAUUACAAAUGGCCAUAUCCUUCGGAGUCGGAGAAGGUUGCGUUGGCCGAGUCGACAGGUUUGGAUCAGAAGCAGAUAAACAACUGGUUCAUAAAUCAAAGGAAGAGGCACUGGAAACCAUCGGAGGACAUGCAGUUCAUGGUGAUGGAUGGCUUGCACCCACAGAACGCAGCAGCCCUCUUUAUGGAUGGCCACUACAUCGGAGAUGGUCAUUUCCGGCUUGGUCCCUAAUCCCUCGCAUUACACAUUAAUUAAGUUAAUAGCCUGCCUGUUGUUGGAUUACUUAUUCAUGUGUCUGCUCAAGCAGUACGUGAAAUUAAGCGAGUUGGGCGGGCUUAAUUAUAUAGUUUUGUAUCGGAAGACUAAAGCAACUGCAAAGUCCGCAAGUCAUAGUUUGUGAUUGCCAUCGCUACAGUUGGUGUUGGGUUGGUAAUGUUCAACUUCCAUUGUGAUAAGAGGAGUGAUAUAGGGUCUUAUAAAUUUUGGUUUUAAGGUCUCAUAAAUAUUGCUCUUACAGCCCUUAAGGCUUAA